AAAUAACUGGAUAAAGCAGUGGAACCUUCUUGGGGUAGGUUUAACGGCGUGAUAAAUAAAUUGUUUUUAAGCGAGGCUAGUUAAUUUAUCGAUACGUCCUAUAAAAAUGUGGAUUUUAAUGCGCGAUUUGAUGACGUAAUGGCGAUGGUCAAACAACAAAUGGAAAGAGCGCCUGCAGGCCCGUUUAGAGUUCUUAAGCGUUAGUUGUCGUUCAGCUGGUUCCAGCUGUAUAUACUUAGUAUAAAUUGCCAUAUAAAUAUAUUUUAUCCAGUUCUAUGCCGCAUAUUAUUUUGCUGAUGCCUUUAUUCGAAGGUUGAGGAGAUUCUUAUAAGGCCUUCCGCAGUAAACCAUCGGUAGUGUGCUAGCGGCUACACGUUGACCGCCUACUAAUCAGUAAUUGGUCUUUUUGAUAUAUUUGACACCGUCAUCUACGAUGUGAUUGGAGACUGUAUCGUUUCCUACCCAGAAUCGCCCCUGCUCCGAAAUAUUUAAUUGGCUGGCGUUUUUGACCGACGUGGGUUUGUUUUUCUUUUGAUUGGAUGUUUUCAAAUGUUCAUUCAAAAUAGUAUGAGCCUUAGUAUAUGGACCACUGUCAAAUGUUCGGUGCAUCCCACUUUGCUGAUUCGUGUUAGUAGUGGACUAGUUGGCCGUUCGUGUCAUAUGUGAAAAUGACAAUAUAGUUUCGGUAUACAAGCAAUAAGAAAUGGUGCGUUUAACACCGUAGAGACGGUUUAAAAUAAUUUUCGGCUGCAGAUUUAUUUAAAUAUUACGGUAACUCAGUACGUAUCUCAUACUUCCAAGGAUGUGGGAUUAAUUCUUCCAUGUUGGGUUUCCCGCAUCUGUUCAAAAGCCAUAAGGUUUAGUUGUAUUUGUCUUUCCAGCGUGUGCGUGAUUGAAGUCCAAUCGAGGUUGUCCCCUGUGUUAUGCCAUGGUUUAAUGCUGAGUAGUGGUGGCCUAACGGUAAAGGAAGCGUGCUCGUGAUUGAACUGUUGCUGGUUCGAAUCCCGACCAGCGCGGUGCCAUUAAGGCUUACCACGACCCUGCAUUGGAUAGUGGUGGUGAAAAUAGAUGGAUAAAACUCACACAGUUUAGGCAUGAUGUCAAACAGUGACUGCCAGCCUGUUAUCUACUAUGCUUUGGCCCCAUUGCAGUUCAUAUGAAUAAGAAUAUAAAGACAAUUGGCUGAAUCAUGUCAGAUGAUGGUGAGGUGGACUUUGGGAAUGAGUUCCCCGCACACUACAAGGUCAUGCUGGACAAGCUCAAUGAGCAGCGCCAACUGGACCAGUUUACCGACAUCACCCUAAUUGUGGAUGGACACCAGUUCAGGGCUCAUAAAGCUGUCUUGGCUGCCUGCAGUCAGUUUUUCCACAAGUUUUUCCAAGACUUUACUCUGGAGCCGCUAGUGGAGAUUGAGGGGGUCAGCAACUCCGCUUUCCGGCACUUGAUGGAAUUCACCUACACCGCCAAGCUGGUGGUCAGCGGCCUUGAGGAGGUUAAUGAUGUGUGGAAAGCGGCCGAAUAUCUACAGAUGCAGGAGGCCAUCAAAGCCCUCAACAAUAGGGUUAACAGCAGAGCUUCGUUUGGUACAAGCCCAACCCUGACAGGGAAAAGCAAGGCGAAAAAAAGAAGGAUUGCAGAGACCUCGAAUGUCAUCACUGAGUCACUGCCUUCUGUGGAGACGGAGCCCGUGGAGAUCGAGGUGGAGAUCUCUGAGGGCUCUAUCGAGGUGGAGGAGGCUGGGCUGGAAGAGAUGGUGAUGGACGCAGCCAAAAAUGCCCAAAGUGCUGAGGGUUCCUCAGACGACUCGGCAUUGGCACUACUAGCCGACAUCACCAGCAAGUACCAGCAGGGGGAGCCGGCUCUCCGAGUAGUGACAAAGGGAGGCGAGGAAGUAGUGCUGCAGGAUGAGAGUGUUGUGGCCCCUAAGGCCCUGGAGAGCAUCGAGGUGGUGGAGGUGCAGAUCUCACAGCUGGACAACAUGUUCCGGUGUGACAAAUGCGAGCGUUCCUUUAAGCUCUUCUACCACCUGAAGCAGCACAUGAGGUCGCACGUGGCCGGCACAGAUAAGCCGUACACCUGCCGACACUGCGCCAAGGCUUACGCACGUGAGGGUGCCCUCAAGCAGCACCUCAACAGCUGCCACUUCGAGGCAGAGGAGCAAUCGAGGCGCCACCGGCCACAGAAGAAGGUGCACGUCUGCGAGUACUGUGACAAACAGUUUGACCACUUUGGGCACUUCAAGGAACACCUGCGCAAACACACAGGUGAGAAACCGUUUGAGUGUCCAGAUUGCCAUGAGCGAUUUGCCCGGAACAGCACACUCAAAUGCCACAUGGCAGCCUGUCAGAACGGCUGUGGAGCGAAGAAAGGCCGCAAAAAGCUUUAUGAAUGUCAGGUGUGCAGCAGCGUAUUCAAUAGCUGGGACCAUUUUAAAGACCAUCUUGUGAUCCACACGGGGGAGAAGCCCAACCACUGCACACUGUGUGACUUGUGGUUCACCCAGCCCCGAGACCUGCGCACACACCUGCGUGACAUUCACGGGGCCACCUCCGUAGAGGAGGUGCUGAUUGCACAGCCCAGUCCUGCCAUGGUGGCUGUGGUGACCUCUGAGGAGGAAGCCGGGGCCCUGCUGGAGGAGGACGGCAUGCGGGUGGAGCAUGUGACUGUGGAGCCUGUGGAUGUGGAGCAGGUGGAAGAGGCCGUGGUGAUGGAUGAGGAUCCAGAGGAGAAACCCCUAUCACAGGAUGAGGAGGAGGCGCUACAGGUGUGCAAGGUGGAGGAAGGAGAAGUCACUGAGGUACAGCAGGAUGACGGGACAGAAGUAGAGAUCCAAGUGGGGCAGGUGACGGGCAAUGGGGAGCAGCCCGUGUCGGACUUGGAGGUCCAGGUGGCACAGGAACAGGUGGAGACGCACAUGGAUGACUGUGAGGCUCAAGCUGUGGAAGUAUGAGAAAUACCCAAUAAUCAUAUGUCUCCAUCCCUUGGCCCAAAGAAACAAGGAUUUGUAAUGUACAUUUACAAAAUUAAUCUGAAACAGGUGUUUCUCUCUUGCUCCGCCUCCUGCACACCUUGGAAUAAAUUUGAAGGUUUUUAUAGCUUGAUGACCAAAUGAUUUCAAACCCUUUUCUAUUUUAAUAUUUUAUGGUUAUCAUAUGUGUCAUGGAUGCUGACAGUUGGUUUGCUACCCCCAUCUGACAACCACGUCCUUUGGAGUCUUGCAAAUCUUCCUACCUUCUACCUGACAUGCUGGAACUCAAAGCUGCUUUGGUGUCCUCAGGAAGCACUUAGCUUAGUCAUGACUCUGAGACAGCAUAACCAUGUGCCCAGAGCAUUCAGGUCUCUAAUCAGGACCCAAGUCUUUCCAGUUAAUAGCUGCCCUUCUCUCUAAAUGAAGAUUGCCUGUUUUGGACUGGCUCAGAAGCUUGAGGUAAGAUUAGGAGAUGAGGAGACUGGCAGAGUCCUGGAGUGCUAGGAGCUACGUGUCCCACAGAGAGAGAAACAGACCUGGCCUGCUUUGCGUUUUCCUUUAUCUGGCUGCAGUCCAUGAAAUAACGCUGUGUGGAACAUCCUCUAGGGAUGAAGAAUUUCAAAAGGCUCCAGCAGCACCAUACAUACAGUUUUUUUUCCCCUUCAGUUUUUAUGUUCCCAGAUGAUAGUUGCAUUAUUAAUUUGUUACAUGAAUCCUUCUGUUUUGUACAGAAAAAUAAAAAAGAAUGCCAUA